AUGUCGACCAGGGACACCAAGGACGUCAGGCAAGAUGCACAAGAUCACAGCGGCGUCGGUAGCGAUGAAGAGGCCACAGUAUUCAAGGGCCAGAUCGAUCCCGUCUACGAGGCAAAGGCCAUUGUGCUAAAUAAAGCAAUACAAGAGAUUGGUAUGGGGAGAUACCAAUGGCAGCUCUUUGCAGUUGUCGGAUUCGGCUGGGCGUCUGAUAACUUGUGGCCGAUUGUCACUUCACUCAUUCUCACGCCGGUUAUUAACGAGUUCCAUGUAGAAAAGGGGCCUCUCUUGAGUCUCGCACAGAAUAUUGGUCUAUUGGCCGGUGCCAUUUUUUGGGGCUUUGGCUGCGACAUCUUUGGGCGCAGAUGGGCAUUCAACCUGACCCUUGGCUUGGCAGCAUUCUGGGGCAUGAUUGCGGCAUCUGCCCCAAACUUUGCAGCGAUUGGCGUGUUUGCGGCAUUCUGGUCCUUUGGCGUCGGUGGGAAUCUACCGGUGGACUCGGCCAUUUUUCUCGAGUUCCUCCCCGGGUCGCACCAAUACCUUCUGACCAUCCUCUCGGUCGAUUGGGCCGUUGCCCAGGUUAUUGCGACGCUGGUUGCGUGGCCGCUGCUUGGCUACAUGACUUGCCAGCAACAAGAUACCGAUUGUACAAGACAGAAGAACAUGGGAUGGCGCUAUUUUCUGGUGGCCAUGGGUGGGCUCACCCUCAUCAUGUUUCUGUGUCGCUUCGUCUUUUUCCAAAUAUAUGAAUCGCCCAAGUACCUCAUGGGAAAGGGCCUCGAUGAGGAUGCCGUAAAGGUUGUGUUGGAAGUUGCCAGGCGCAACGGGAAGGAGACUUCAUUUUCAAUCCAGGAUUUGAAGGCGUGCGAGCCAGAGGGUUAUGUUCAUCAGACGCAGGCAUCCGAGGCCAUCAAGCGUAAGGUACAACUGCUCAGUCUGGAGCAUGUUCGCCCUCUUUUUGCCACCAAGAAGCUAGCCUGGAGUACAAUCGGUUUGAUGAUUACUUGGGCUUUCAUUGGUCUUGGAUACCCCCUCUACAACGCCUUUCUUCCUUAUAUUCAAGCGACACGCGGAGCCGACUUUGGUGAUGGCUCAACGUACAUCACCUACCGAAACUCGCUCAUUAUUGCCGUCCUAGGUAUUCCGGGAGCAAUCAUUGGUGGCAUCCUUGUAGAAGUGCCUCGUCUAGGUCGCAAAGGCACACUAUCAAUCAGUACGGCUAUUACAGGUGUGUUUCUGUAUUGCUCAACUACCGCCACCCGCUCCCAAUCAUUGCUUGGUUGGAACUGCGCCUUCAACUUCACCAGCAACGUCAUGUAUGCCGUGCUGUACGCAUUCACGCCCGAGGUCUUUCCCACCAAGGACCGUGGCACCGGAAACGCGCUUACGGCGACCUCGAAUCGCAUCUUUGGCAUCAUGGCGCCAAUCGUGGCCAUGUAUGCUAAUCUCUCGACUCCGGUCCCCGUAUACGUGAGCGGUGCGCUGUUCAUUGCUGCAGGAAUUGUUGUAUUGACCCUACCUUUCGAAUCAAGAGGCAAAGCGAGUUUGUGA